AAUCGCCAGCCUCGAGGCUCCAAGUACCCCACAAUGGCUGCCCCAUACGGAUCCCAACAGUCGUCGGUCUACCCUGAGAGCUAUGUCGGUUUCGACACCAUCACCAAGCAGAUUGAGAAAAAGCUGGUGAAGCGUGGGUUCCAGUUCAACAUCAUCUGCGUCGGUCAAACAGGUCUGGGCAAAUCGACCCUUAUCAACACCAUCUUCGCCUCGCAUCUCAUUGACAGCAAGGGCCGCUUCCUUCCUGAUGAGCCCAUCCGCCAGACCACUGAGAUCCAGACGGUCUCGCACACCAUCGAGGAAAACGGCGUGCGUCUGCGCCUCAACAUUGUCGACACCCCGGGUUACGGCGACCUAAUCAACAACGAGCGCUGCUGGGAUCCCAUUGUCAAAUACAUCAAAGACCAGCACAGCGCUUAUCUCCGCAAGGAACUCACCGCCCAGCGUGAGCGAUACCUCCAAGACACGCGCAUUCACUGCUGCUUGUUCUUCAUCCAACCCUCUGGCCACGGCCUCAAGCCCAUUGAUAUUGUUGUGCUCAAGAAGCUCAGCGAAUUUGUCAAUGUCGUUCCCGUUAUCGCCAAGAGUGACAGCUUAACCUUGGAGGAGCGUGCUGCGUUCAAGGAGCGGAUAAAGGAGGAAUUCGCCUUCCACAAUCUGCGCAUGUAUCCUUAUGAGAAUGAGGAACACGAUCAGGAAGAUCUUGCUCUGAACACUUCCAUCAAGGGCAUCAUCCCCUUCGCCGUCGUGGGUUCUGAGAAGAACAUUGUGGUCAACGGCAAGCAAGUUCGCGGUCGCCAAAACCGCUGGGGUGUUAUCAAUGUUGAGGAUGAGAACCACUGCGAAUUCGUCUACCUCCGCAACUUCCUCACUCGUACCCAUUUGCAAGACCUAAUCGAGACAACAUCGCAGAUUCAUUACGAAUCCUUCCGCGCUAAGCAGCUCCUUGCUCUCAAAGAGAGCUCCGCGGUUGGUGGUCAUAGUUCGCGACCCAUUUCACCUGCAGCCGACCGCGAGCUCAGCAGGAACAGCCAACGCAUGACUAUGAACGGGUACUAG